CCUCUGAUAUGCGUUCUUCGCUCUGAAUCAUUUUGAUAAAAAGCCCAACCUUCGCGCCAAAGAAAACCCUAAUUUUUGGAAAUCUCAAUUUAUCAGACACCUAUCAGACACCACAGUUUUAGAGGAAUCCCUAACUUAUCAGAAACCCUGACUUUUCUUUAUAGUUUGAGCUUCAUUGGAGCUUAAUUCACCAUAGGAAGGCCUGUUAUGCAUUUGCUUUCCGGAUUCUGAAACCCUAAUAUUUUGAUAGUUUCCUCUUCAGGGCCACAAUGGGGCAUCUGAAUGCAGGUUUUAUAAUAUUAUUGUUCUUAUUGUCAUACUCGCAUUAUGCUCUUCCUGGGAAGAGCUUUUAUGAUAUAUUGCAAGUGCCAAAAGGUGCAUCGGAAGACCAGAUCAAACGGGCGUACAGGAAACUUGCUUUGAAGUACCACCCUGACAAAAAUCCAGGAAAUGAAGAGGCAAACAAGAAAUUUGCUGAUAUAAACAAUGCUUAUGAGGUGUUAAGUGAUCGGGAGAAGAGAGAAAUCUAUGAUAGGUAUGGUGAGGAAGGUCUAAAGCAAAGUCAAGCUGGUGGAGGAAGGGGUGGUGGGAUGAAUUUCCAAGACAUUUUUGGCAGCUUCUUUGGCGGUGGGCCAGCAGAAGAGGAUGAGAGGAUCGCAAAGGGGGAUGAUGUUAUUGUUGAAUUGGAGGCAACAUUGGAAGAUUUGUAUAUGGGUGGAUCAUUGAAGAUUUGGAGGGAGAAAAAUGUUUUAAAGCCUGCUCCUGGUAAAAGGCGUUGUAACUGUAGAAAUGAGGUCUAUCACAAGCAAAUUGGUCCGGGAAUGUUUCAGCAGAUAACUGAGCAGGUCUGUGAACAAUGCCCAAAUGUAAAAUAUGAGCGGGAAGGAUAUUUCAUCACUGUGGACAUUGAAAAGGGGAUGAAAGAUGGACAAGAGGUACUUUUCUAUGAGGAUGGAGAACCUAUAAUAGAUGGAGAAGCAGGCGAUCUGAAGUUUAGGAUUCGAACUGCACCUCAUGAUCUUUUCGGAAGGGAAGGCAAUGACCUGCAUACAACUGUUACUAUUACCCUGCUUCAGGCCCUUGUGGGUUUUGAAAAGACCAUCCAGCAUCUUGAUGAGCAUCCAGUGGACAUUAGCUCAAAGGGAAUCACCAAACCCAAGGAGGUGAGGAAGUUUAAAGGAGAAGGGAUGCCUUGGUACAUGAGCUCGAAGAAAGGUGAUCUAUACGUUGCAUUUGAGGUUAUAUUCCCCACUUCCUUGACAGAAGAGCAAAAGACAAAGAUCAAGGAAGUUUUUGCCUAGAAUUAGGAUUUCCAACUUUUUUAAGCUGCCCCCAUUGUAACAUGAGAUCCUAGGAGAAUUCGGCCCUAGAGUUUUCCCCCACAGUCCCUCUUACUGAUGUAAUGCCAUUGCUGUAAUCCUUGUUCCCUUAUUCCUAAGAUAUAUUUUUUGACGUCAGGCUUAAAGGGACUUGGGAGAAAAUUAUGAUUAUGUGAGAUCUGUCGGAUUUAAGGCUAUGUAGAGAAUCAAGAGUGUGGUUGAAUGGAUGAUUCAGAUUCGAGAGUCA